CCAGGACGGAGCAUUUGAUUGGAGCUGUACAUAUCGACAGCCUGCUGCCUGCUGUUCGGAUUUUUUUGGAGGAGGACUGUUGGGUGGGAGAACCCUGGGGAGACCAUGUCAACCUUCAGCCUGAUGGAUGUCUAGAGCGGAUUGGAGGGAAGUGAUCUGUCAGAGACUUUAGUUCACUGCCAAGUCUCAGUUAGAAGAGUUUGGAGUGGAGCUCAGGUUCCAGACAGUACCUGCCAGUCUGUGGUAAAUCCCCCAGGAUCCCAUGGCCACUUGUGACCAGUUGGAGCUGGAGAGGGGCCGAGACUCAGAGGGGUGUGCCCGGAACAGGCCCCUGCUCCCUCUGGAGUCAGUCCAUCCGAACCUGCAGCGAGUGCUGCAGAGAACAUUACCACGGAAACAGGGAGAGGCACAUCAACCCUGGGAGCCUGCGCCUGGCCGAGCCGGCCACCGACACUCGCUCCUCUUACUGCGGCCCCUGGCCCAGUCACAACCUGCACUGACCAGCUACAGUAAGGGGGCAGUGCCAGGGUCUCAUUACCCCCUUCAGAGGACCCUAGGCACCAACAGCAUCAAUUGUCACCUCCAGGCCAGAGGGGAAGGAUCAGCCUCAAAGGUUCCCAGCAACAAGUAUCUGGAGCAGGUAUGCCGUCUGCUGGAUAAAAUCGCUGAUCUUCAAGAAAGGAACUCACUGCUGAAAGAAGACAAACUACAGAUGGAAGAGAAGCUGAGGCAGAAAGAGAAGCAAUUGGAACUCCUCCAACAUUACUGUAGCUGUGGUUCAGCAGCUCUGUUCCUACAAUGGGCAGGACAGCCUGGGCAUGGGGAGAGUCAACUGCUCACCCACAGCUUCAAUGUCCAAUGCCAGCUCCCUGACUCACUGCAGCAUCCUGGGCACAAGCAACACUCCUCCUUACAGAAGAGGUGGGCAUCAGACUCGGGCACACUGUGGCCAGGCAAUGGGAGCAGUGAGUUUCCCCUCACUGAAUAUGACUCCUGUCAUUCCAAGAGUAAGGAGCAUCUGACCAGCAAUGUUCAUCAUGGAGUGCAGAUGCACAACACUGCUCAACAUACCAUGACUCCUCAGGCUGGCUGGGGUCGAAUGAGGGGAAUACUGAAUCGCCUGAAGGAUACAUCCAGGACAAGAAGGACUUUUGUGACCAGGUUUAAAGGCUCUAGGGAACAGAAGCACCGACAGAAACACCAAGAAAUUUAAAAGAAGAAUUUCUACCAGAAAAGACCAAAGUCCACCGAUCAGCUAUGGAAGUGAAGGACUGACAUCAUUUCACAGACAAUAGCGUGUUUCAUCAUUGCUGAAAUGCGAGAUAAUUUAACCCACUCUUGUGAUCUGGACUUUUCACCAUCGGAAUUUUGUUCGCACUCUUUAUUUUUACCAGCCAUAAUAGCUGUGUCAAACUGUCUGUAUUUUUUCAUGAAUGUUGGUGUGUGUAUGUUUGUGUAUUUGGGAUUUUUGUACAGUGUUGUUUUAGUCACAUAGUCGUAGAUUAGUAAUCAUUUUCUCUCUCAUUUAUUGAAGUUGUAUGUGUUCACAAUAAAUAGGUAUCUUCUGUGAAAGGUG